CCGACGUGUCACAAUAAAGAGGUGCGAUUAAUUAAUCACGAGCCGAGGGGCGUAUUACCGGAAUCAAGAGUGGAAGGUCAGUAUGCACGAAGAUACUAUACGCAUGUGGAAGUGCUUGCGAAGGUCAGAACAGUAGGAAAAUAUCAUUCAAGGAUCGUAAGUAUGCUACUCGUGGCAUCGUGUAUCUACAAGACGUGCUUUUCAGGGCAUCAGACAUCAGGCGUGAGUUUCGUGGGUAUAAGUCAUGAAGAAGACAGAGUCAUGAUGACGACAAAGGAGAGACAGAGAGAGAAAAGAGAGAGAGAAACAAAAGAAAGAACAAAGGAAAAGAACGAGUGUGAGAGUGAGAGAGACCGAGAGAGAAACCCCCCAACCAGCCUAAGAGGGCAAUGGUACUUACGCCAAACAGCCCAUUUUGAGAGAGACAGAAAAGUCCGGCCACAAAUGCAAACCCAACCGUAAAAAGAACGCCUUACCCUGGGUAUCAUCCGUGGUCAGCGCUCCAAUCCAAGACACAG